AUGUAUCGUGAGUAUGCGGCACAGCCCAAAAGCACCGACGAAAAACCGAUACCAUCGGAAAAGGAGGCAGGCAAAAGCAACCUUAACCUAACGGCGGACGAGCUGAAAGAGGAGGGUAAUCGGUGUGUGAAAGCCGGCAACUUUACCGAGGCGAUCCUGCACUACACCCAUGCAAUCAAGCUUAGCCCAGCGGAUCCCAUACUGUACAGCAAUCGAUCGCUAGCGUUCUGUAAGAUGCAGCAGUAUUAUUACGCAAAUGAAGACGCCGAUAGGGCGAUCGCGUUGAAUCCUGCCUGGGCGAAAGGUUACUUCCGGAAGGCUGAAGUGAGCAUGGGUGUGGGUCAGUACGAUACGGCUCUACUAUCGUACGGCAAAGCGCUGCAACUUCAGCCACAGGAUAUGGGCAUCAUUCAAGCCGCCCGGAAAGCUGCCACGCUUAGUAAUGCAGAACGUGAAAAGGAGAAGCGUUCUCCUUUUAUUGGUAGCGCCAUUGGUUGUGCUGUUGGGUUGUGUAUCGUUCUGGCCGAUAUGCUACUAACGGAAAAUCCAUCCAUAAAGUACACUUCAUUGAUGGUGUUUAUCAUAAUGGUGAUCACUAGCAUGGGCUUCGGAAUAGCUAAAUUAGUGUGGUACUACACAAAACUGCAAAGGAAAGGUUUGCUUGACCCGCCCGUCGAUUUGCUAGAAGACUUUCAAAAGCAUAAAGAAGCAGAGGAUGCAUCGCCGCCGGGAGGAGAGCCUCGUCAUGAACGGAAUCGUUACACAAAAGCACAAGCGAGACAGCGCUUGAAAAAGGCGAAAACAUAAGUGACCUUUUUUUUU